UUUAAACGUCGGGGUCCUAGCCAUUAAAACUUACCUUGGGGCUUAGGGUUUCCUAUUUGGGCACUAAUAUUUGAAUUCCCCGCUCUAUUUUUCUCCAGUGAAUCGAGAUUUUUCAAUCCCUGAAAGCUCGUUCGUAUUACACAUGGAUCAUGUUUCUAUAUGCCCCUUCUGUUUUCUACAACUCCCUAUAGCUCAACUCGAAAGUCAUGCUAAUAGUCAUUUUGAGGAUGAACAAGUUGAAGCAGACCUUGAAUUGGCUAAAGAGAUUUCUCUUGCUUCCUCAGUUUCGCCUUUUCAUUCGGCUGAUACUGCCGUGGUAUUUGAUGAACGUUUAUCAUCGAGGUGUGAAAUUAGUAUUGAUUGUAGAGGGAUGAACGUUGAUGAGAAAUUUUUGUGCUUGCGUGAUUUACAAGUGAAGGAGAGUUUUUAUGAGGUUAAUGAUGGUUUGAUUGACUUAUUGCGGACAAGGUUGGAACUAGAUUACGGGUACUCAACUAGUUUAUUGUCAGGUUGCGUUGAUCAUAUUCAGAGUGCUAAAUCUGAGGCUGCUGGAUGGGGAUGUGGUUGGCGGAAUAUUCAAAUGUUAAGCUCCCAUCUGAUUAAGCAGAGACGGGAAGCGAGGGAAGUUUUGUUUGGUGGAUGUGGUUUCGUUCCUGAUAUUGCCUCGCUGCAGAGAUGGCUUGAGUUAUCGUGGGAGAAGGGGUUUGAUACACCUGGCUCAGAGGAUUUUGAUAGAAAGAUUUAUGGGAAAAGAAGUUGGAUUGGGACCACCGAGUGUGCUACACUUUUUCGUUCUUUUGGGAUUCGUGCUAGAAUAGUUGAUUUUUGUAGCAAGGAACUGGCAUCAAAGACCUCUUUUCCUCAUUUGAGUCAUGGAGAAGGGAGAAUUGAAGUAUGUACAGUGAAUAAUAAGUUACAGGUUAAUGGACCAAUGGAUAAGUAUAUUUCAAGAGGGGAUUGUAGUACAUCUCUAGCAGGCUCGUCUGGGAAGUGGAAGCCUCAUCUUACCAACUCUGGAAAGCUGAAGGGUCAACAUUCUCUUAUUGAUUGGGUUUGGAGUUACUUCUCAGACAAUAGAUCUAUUCAACUGAACAAGAAUCAAGUCAUUGCCAGUGAGAAACCGCCCUUGUACUUCCAGCACAAUGGUCAUUCUAGAACCAUCGUUGGGAUUCAAGCCACAUCUCAGCGGAAAGGGGGGCAACAAUACAACCUUUUAAUUUUUGACCCUGCGCAUAUAACUCAAGAUCUGGAGAGGUCUCUCAAAGACAGAGGUUGGCAAGCGCUGAUAAAAAGAGGAGUUCACACACUACAGAAGCCCCACUAUCAGAUAUGCUAUAUUGAUCCUGGAAUAGCUGGUGCAGAGGAGAUGGAGGGUCUUAAGACCUUAACUAGUGUUCGUUUCGAGUAUUGAGUUUUAGACUCUUGAAUUUGAUUCCGUCAAUAUAAAACUUAAAACGUGUAGAAGAUGCCACCAUUUCUGCCUUCUAUUGCCAUUGUAAUAUGCAGGACUUGAAAUAGGCCUAUUGGCAGAGAAAUCAAUUCUGGAACCGUAAGCCUGCAACGUACAACGAAUAGCUAUGUAUCUUUGGGUGAUAUCUGUA